CACUCACAACGGACUCCUGAGCAGCGCGCGCUCAAAUUAAGGAUCUACGGAUUAUUCUUAAUUUAAAAAUGCGAUUAGAUUAAAUAUAUCGUUCUAUCGCAUUCACACAUAUUGAACUCGGGUGAAAUGUAGCGAGUGUGCAAAGACUAAUAUUGUUUUUUUUUUAAAGAUUGUUUGUUAUAUGCAAUUGUGAUAAUGUGGUAUUUUGUUUUGUGUCUGUUUAUCCUGCCUAUGCCGUAUGCGGAUGGCUCAUUGGCAGAUGAAAUGACCGAAACUAUGCAGAUCUGCUGCAAACAAGGAACGACGUACGCUCGUAAUCAUACAGUUGAAGAUUGUUCGUCUUCAGUACCCCCCCACGUUGCACCCUCCCUUGACUCGUUAUGUAUCUUCGCCAUGGAUCAGUGCUGCAAAGAAUAUUUUACAAAGAAAAUCGACUGCGACAAAGGGAUCGAUGUAGCGAAGGGUUUAAAACAUUGCGGAUCCACAAAAGAUUCGGCGAAGAAAUGCUGCGACCAAUGCAAGUCGGGAGUCGUGAUCGGCAAAACACGUGGUGCGAGUUCUUGUUCAGUGACAAUACAAGGCAAUAGCGCUGAGCAAAUAUUAGCUGGUGAAGCCUUUGCGCAAUGCUGCAAGAGCGCAGUUACUGAUGCUCCAAGACAGACAAAUCAGAAUUCAGUCACACAGUCCAAGCCAGCUGAAAAAGAUUCAUCAUUUAUACCGUCUAUAUGUGAAGAGUAUGCACCUAAUGAAUUGUGCGCACAUCACUGUAUUUCUGUACCUGGUUCCUACAAGUGCGAAUGUAACCCUGGAUUCAUGCUUAUGUCUGAUGGAAGGAACUGUAAAGAGGUUACGAAAAACAGAUGCAAGCCACACAACCCAUGCAAACACAAGUGUAAUGAUAAUGGUAUAGAAGUGAAAUGUUCCUGCAGACGAGGUUAUCAGCUCAUGUCUGAUGGAAAGUCGUGUGAAGAUAUCGAUGAAUGUACCCUGAAUCCUCCUGUGUGUUUACCGAAUACCCAGUGUUUUAACAUCCAGGGAUCAUACAAAUGUAUUCCUGAUAAGCACCCAAAGAUCAAUCAUGAAAAAGGCCAGUGCCCUCCAGGAUUUGCAAAAAAUCUUCUUAAUAAUGCCUGUGAUGACAUUAACGAAUGCAAAUUGCCCUCUCCGCCUUGUCCGAGCUACCUCUGCGAGAACACAAUCGGCGGGUACAAAUGUGGUGGAGUCUCGGGGGAUCCAGUAAAGUUGAAUAGUAAACCAAGACCUCUCGCCGAUGACAGAUGCCCACCUGGAUUCAAAGGUGGAUUAAAUGAGGAAUGUGAAGAUGUUGAUGAAUGUGUAAUCGGUAAAGAUGAUUGCAACAAGUUGUCGCAGUUCUGUAUAAACACAAGGGGUUCGUUUCACUGCCAAGACAAAGGUUCAAAGCACUGCCCUCCUGGUUUCAAGACCAAUUCCAUCACCAAUAAAUGCGAAGAUAUCAACGAGUGUGAAGAUGGACAGGACAUCUGCAAACCCGAUCAGAUAUGUGUCAAUGUGCUUGGAGAAUACGAUUGCAAGCCAAAGGUGGAUUUACGAAAUUCCAAAAACAAAUGUCCUGAUGGCAUGAGACGAAAUCCAGAAACGAAGCAAUGCGAUGAUAUAGAUGAGUGUGUAGAAGGAACGCACUUAUGUGAUCAGUACCAGAACUGUCUUAAUAUAAACGGUAGUCAUGAAUGUCACUGUAAACUUGGUUUCAACUUGGAUCCAACCACCGGAGCUUGUGUUGAUAUAAAUGAAUGUGCAACCGAUCAAAAUACCUGUAUUCCGGACUCCCAGCGCUGUGACAACACCGUCGGCUCAUACCUGUGCAUUAGAAUGCUGUCUUGUGGGACGGGAUACAUAAUUCAUCAUUCUUCUAGCAACUGUGAAGACAUUGACGAGUGUGCUCUGGGCACACAUAACUGCGCCCGCGCGGGCCCUGAGUACCAGUGCGUCAACAUCCCUGGAUCUUUUCGCUGCCAGAAGCCGACGCCAGCACCACCUGAAUACGAAUAUGAAUACUAUGACUCUGAAGAAGAAAUCGAAGAAAACACAACUAAAACUGAAAUUAUAACGACUACUACUCCUACUCCUACAACAAUUGAAAUAAAAACUACACCAACUCCUAAGCCUACAGAACCAACACCUGAAGAGCCUAAAGUCACACCAGAAGAAAGCUUUGAUAAUAAUAUAAGCUCAAAUACGAUUAAUGAGCCAGAAAAACCAGAACCAGCCUUUAACUAUCCAAAACCAACACGACAAGAGCCAGAUAAAUUCAAAGAAACUACCCCUCAGACCUCAUAUUAUCCUCUUCAACCUGAAUUAAAUAAGGAACCUAGAAUUGAACCUCCUCCUUACCAACCUACCCAAAGUAGCUAUGAGCCUACAGAACCUGCCAGACCUCCUGAAACCGAAACCGAACAUACGGAAGUAGAAUAUAAUUCUGUAUCACACCCUAAAGUUACUGAAAGUACAUACAGUCCUUUACCAGAAAUACCAACAUCACCUAAAGUUGUAUUUGUGAAUUAUGAUGAAGAAACAGCGACAGUAGCAGGACCAGUGUUUGUAGAUACUAGUGAUGAACCGAAAAAUGAAUGGACCAAAAUUAAUGAAAGACCUACAGAUUGUCAAGUAGGCUUUGAAAUGGACUCGUACGGGGCUUGUUUUGAUAUUGACGAAUGCGCCACAAAUCGUCACAGCUGUUCUGGUUUAACGGAAACAUGUCGUAACACUAUGGGAGGGUACUUGUGCGACUGCGCAUUUGGCUUCAGAAGGGAUUUGCCUACAGGAGCUUGCGUUCUUAUCACUACUUCUUCUUCUACCACCACUAGUACAUCUACAAGUACUACCACCAGCACGACUACACCAGCCCCGACUACACCAGCUCCGACUACGUCGAGCACUAAAAGUUACUUCUGGGGUUAUCCAGAUCAACGUAGUAUGACUUCGAGACCGUUCCGACCAAGGAACAUAUGCGAUGUUGGUUAUCAUUUGAAUUCUCAAACUGGAAAAUGUGAAGAUAUUAACGAAUGUACAAACGGCCAAGCCAAUUGUGCCUCAGUUGAGAUUUGUAUUAACACCGAGGGUGGCUAUCGAUGUGAGUGUCUGCCUAACUGGAGACUAGAUCCGGAGAGGCACAGGUGUGUGCCUAUCAGGAACAAAGGCAAAUUCCCACCUGGAUAUAGCAAUAUACCUGCUUACCCUCGCGUUGACCCUAACCAAAUCAUUCCCGGUACAAAAGGCGGUAGAAAGAUCGCUAAUCCCGAAAUCACGCAAAUCGAAGACAGAGGCUCAGUGUACAAAUGUCCUUGGGGAACUAAACUUGGAGAUGACAAGACUUGCGAAGAUAUUGACGAGUGUGCUACAGGAGAAGCUCAAUGCGGUCCCUUGCAAAUAUGUACUAACUUGCCCGGCGGGUAUACCUGCAGCUGUCCAGUGGGACAUAAGCUGAUUGGUGAUCAUCAGUGCGAGGACGUUGAUGAGUGUUCUUUAGGCGGUAGUGUGCCUGUCUGUUCACAACACGGGGAUUGCGUGAACACAGUGGGCUCAUAUCAAUGUCAAUGUCAUCAAGGAUUCACGUCAGCUCCAGUUAAUGAUAAGAUUUGUGUGGACGUGGACGAAUGCGUAGAGUCUCGGCCAGGCACAUUGUGUGAGCAGCGCUGCAACAACGUGUGGGGCUCGUACCGCUGUGGCUGUCAUCGUGGGUACCGUCUCAAUAAGGACAACCGUACUUGCUCUGACGUGGACGAAUGUUUGGAGUUCAAGCACAAGAACCUGUGCAUUGGUCGUUGUCUGAAUGAGCCUGGCAGUUACCGCUGCACCUGUCCGCCAGGAUACAGGCUGUCUGAAGAUAAGAGGAGCUGUAUUGAUAUCGACGAGUGCGAGACAGGUGCGGCGCCGUGCGCUCACGGCGCGCAGUACGAGGGCGCUAGCGAUGUGUGUCUCAACACGCGCGGAGGGUAUCGUUGUCAUCGGAUCACAUGCCCACCAGGUUAUCAGCUCGAGAGCAAACAUCGGUGCUCGAUUAUUCAAACCUACUGCCCGCCCACCGACUGGGAGUGCUCACAUAAGCCUAGUACUUACUCCUACAACUUUUUCACGUUCGUCUCAAAUCUCUACAUACCUGAAUCUAAGGUGGAUCUGUUCACUAUGCGAGGUCCACCAUGGGCGCACGCACGCAUGGUGUUCCAGCUACGCAUCGUGCAAGUAGACGCGCCACCCUCAGUCACGGAGAAGGCUGACAUCAAUGCCUUCCUAUUAAUCCAAACCGGCAAUCAAGCUGUGACGUCACUUGUCCGGCCUCUUGAAGGACCACAAAGCAUAGAAUUGGAAUUGUCUAUGACGCUUUACAACGGAGAACAGUUUGGAGGCAUUGCUGUUGCCAAGUUAUAUAUUUAUGUAUCAGAGUAUGAGUUCUAGGUGUAUUUUUAUAAAAUUAUAAAUUGUU